GUUAACCUAAUAAAAAUGUCAUUACAAAUGAAGAGAAAAAUGAAUAUAAACAAUAUAUUUUAAAAACAUAUCCAGACAUAAAAUAGAUUGGAAUAGAUACAAUUUUUUUUUUUUAAUCAAUGGAUAAUGUACGUGGAAAUCGAACUGGUGGUGUUGGCCACGGUAAAGUUUCACCAUUUGAUGAGGGUGCUGCAUUAGCUACCGAUGUUUUUGAUCAUUUUUGUGCAGCGACCACAUUGAAAUCGAUACUCGGUCUACAUCGACAUAUGUGCGAUUUAUUGAAACUUAGGCCUACAAAUUUGCCCCUUUUUUAUCCUAAAUUAAAGUUGAAAUUACGUUCAUGGAAAGCUCAAGCAUUAUGGAAACGUUUGGAUAUUCGUGCAAAUCAUAAGUGUUAUGGACGUGGGAAAGCGUGUGCAUCAACGCGGGUGCUAGUUAUAGGGGCUGGUCCAUGUGGUUUACGAGCUGCAAUUGAAUGUCAACUACUUGGAGCUAAAGUUGUUGUCAUCGAAAAAAGAGAUCGAUUAUCACGAAAUAAUGUACUUCAUUUAUGGCCGUUUGUUAUUCAUGAUUUACGAGCUUUAGGAGCAAAGAAAUUUUUUGGAAAAUUUUGCGCUGGUGCAAUUGAUCAUAUUAGUAUUCGACAAUUACAAUGUAUUUUACUUAAGGUGGCUCUUUUAUUGGGUGUCGAGAUCCAUGAAGGAGUUGGUUUUGAAUCGUUAGUGCCACCGACAGAGAUUGAGAAUGAAAAACAUGGAUGGCAUGCAUCGGUUUCACCUGAAGAUCAUCCAGUAUCACAUUAUGAAUUUGAUGUACUAAUUGGAGCCGAUGGUAAACGAAAUACAUUAGAUGGUUUUAAAAGGAAAGAAUUUCGUGGGAAACUUGCUAUUGCAAUCACAGCUAAUUUUAUUAAUAAACAUUCGGAAGCUGAAGCACGAGUUCAAGAGAUUAGUGGUGUUGCAUUUAUUUUUAAUCAAAAAUUUUUUAAAGAUUUAUAUCAAGAAACAGGGAUAGAUUUAGAAAAUAUAGUUUAUUAUAAAGAUGAAACACAUUAUUUUGUAAUGACCGCUAAGAAACAUAGUUUAAUUGAUAAGGGCGUCAUUCUACAGGACGUACCAGAUACAGCAAAAUUAUUAGCUCCAGAAAAUGUUGAUCGAGAAGCAUUAAUGAAAUACGCACGUGAAGCUGCUGAUUUUUCAACGAACUAUCAAAUGCCUAAUUUAGAAUUUGCAGUGAAUCAUUAUGGUCAGCCAGAUGUUGCAAUGUUUGAUUUUACAUCGAUGUAUGCAGCGGAAAAUGCAUCCAGAGUUGUCGAACGAAAUGGUUACAGAUUAUUAAUGUGUUUAGUUGGCGAUAGUUUGCUUGAACCAUUUUGGCCCACGGGUUCUGGAUGUGCGCGUGGAUUUUUAUCGAGUUUAGAUGCAUGUUGGGCUGUACGAUCUUGGGGAUCAGGUAGCUCAAAUCCACUUGAAGUAUUAGCUGAAAGAGAAUCUGUUUAUCGAUUGUUGGGGCAAACGACGCCAGAAAAUUUACAACGAGAUUAUGCUGCUUAUACUUUAUGCCCUAGUACUAGAUAUCCAAAUUUAAAUAGAUUUUUAGUUACGCCAGUUCAAGUUCGCUAUCUUUACGAUACCGAUAAUACUGAACGAAUAGAAAUACCUAUUAUACAAGAUAUCAAUGCUCCUGGGAAUGAAGUUCAAAAGAAGAAACGUAAACGAGAUACUCAAGUGCAUCCUGACACAUUAUUACAUUGGAUACAGAAGCAGGUGUCGGCAUAUUCAUUAAAAAUUGAGAACAUUACAGAAAGUUUUAAAAAUGGUUUAGUAUUAUGUGCAAUAAUACAUCGAUAUCGACCAGAAUUAGUUGAUUGGAGUUCAUUGAAACCUGAAAAUAUUGUUGAAAAUAAUCAAUUAGCAUUUGAUUUAUUAGAAAAAGAAUUGGGUAUACCACCAGUAAUGACUGGUGAAGAGAUGGCUGAAUGUACAACGCCAGAUAAAUUAACAAUGCUCUCUUAUUUAUCACAAAUUUAUGAAACUUUCCAUGGUGAAAUACCACAAACGAUUAAACAUUUGAAAAUUGAUAUGAAGGAAUUAAAGAAAGAAUAUCCUCAAACGAAACUCAAAACUUUAACGGCAAGUGAUUGGAAGAAAAAUCACGAUAUAGGUAUUGUGAAUCCAACUAGUUCAACGCAUAUUACACCUAGAUCUUCUGGAAAACAUGUAACGCGAACAAGUCAUUUAUCUUCGGCUGAUCGUCGUCGUAAGCGACGUAGUGCUGAUAAAGCUGCCGAAAUACGUGAAGCUGAAAUAAUACAAAAUCGAAAUGAACGAAUGUCACGUCGUCGACAAAAUCGAAAAAAUCAAACUGAACAAUUUUACAAAAGUAUGCAUAUGUUAACAUCAAAUGCAAAAUAUGACGAUUCUGUACCAUUCGAAGAUUAUUCUAUAUACUUGUAUAGACAAACGGCAGCUAAUUUUGGUGAUAGAGUUAAAAAUUUAGAACAAAGAUUAUUAUUUGGUGAUCGGGAACAUCGUUAUCAAGACAUACGUGGUACAGAUGAAAAUUUUUCUGGCCGAAUAAAAAACAUAGAACAAAAGUUGAAGAAUCGUCCUGGUGUACAAGAAAAGAAGCCACCGGAUCUUCUACGUGCAAUUGGUAAAAUUGAGAGUUCUGAUUGGAAUGUUCGUGAAAUUGAGAAGAAAAUUAUGGAGAAUAAAUUGGGUAAAAACAAAAAUAAUCAUGAAAAAGAAAAAGUGCCAAAAUGGAAUCGUGAACAAUUUGUAGCAAGACAAUCGAAAAUGGAACGGAAAGCGAAUUUAGAAAGGGCUGAUUCUUUGAACGAAAAAUAUACGGAAAUAGAUAAAUCAUUAAAAGUUUUGGAUAAGAAAUUAAAGGAAGGUACAAUUUUAGAGCAAGGACAACGUGGUAAUAACAAAGUUGCGUCAAUGGCUGAACAAUUUGAUGUUAAGUCAACUGAUUCUGACAGUAAAAAUCAAGUCAUUUCAAAAUCGGGCUCAAAGUCAGCUAUAAAUUUACCAGCAAAAGGUGGUUCUGAGAUGUGUCAUUUUUGCGGUACACGAGUUUAUUUAAUGGAAAGAUUAUCAGCCGAAGGCAGAUUUUUCCAUCGUGGUUGUUUCCGAUGUCAAUAUUGCUCAAUUAAUUUACGCCUCGGGUUCUAUGUUUUUGACGCUCAACAUGGAAAUAAAUUUUAUUGCCCUCAACAUGCAGGAAUGCAAGGUAAAACACGCAAUAUAGAAAAGGCGAAGAAUAUUAAUACCAAAAUGGAAAAAGAUACUUUGGAUGCAAAAACUACAGCUGGCAAAGGCCAAACUCCAGAACGUAUUGAAUUUGCCAAUUUAGUACAAAGUGGUCAUGUGUCUGAAAAUGAAGAACCUCCUAGUCAAAUGGAUGAAGAUGAAUGGACUGAUCGCAAUUUUGGACAAUCAACAGCAGAAUUAGAUUCAUCUGAUUUAAGUGAUUCUGAUUCUGAUGACUUAUAUGAAGAAGCUUUAGAACGUGCUGGUGAAGUUCAACUAAAUACAAAUGAUAACAAAGCUACAAGAUACUUAGGAGAUUCACCAAAUUCAGAUAAUGAUAAUUCUAGUGAUGAUGAAUCGAGUUACUAUGAUUAUAGCAGCGAUGGAGAUGGAAAAGAUUCGGUGACAGAUGAAGAAGAAAUCAUAUUGGCGCGUGAAAUGCGUCGUUUAGAAUAUGAUGUACAGGAGCGUUUAGUUCUUACAGAUACGGACACAACAGGAUCUGAUACUGAGGUGGCAUCGGAUGAAGAAACCGAAUCAUCAGAAGAAUCACGCGAUUCAGCUACCGAAAUAUCAACAGAUUCCGAAUUCAAAUUAGAUGGAGCAACACCUACAAUGGAAAUUCCCCCAAUUCUAUUAAAUGAUGCGUUUGUAACAAAAACACGGGGCAGUUAUGUAUCACCGAAAAAAAUCCAAAUCAAGUAUAUCAAAACAAAAGAGUCCGAUUAUGCUGAAAAUAAAAAACAAUUGAAGGAAAAAGAUGAAGAUAUACAUCUUGAAAUUAAACCAAUUGUUCCAGAUAUAUCAACGCUCGCACCGAAAGCACCAUUAAAUCAAAAGGGUGGAUUCUAUUUUUUAAAUCGUACACACAGUACAGAAGGAAUUGCAUCAAAAGUAUCUUUAGAGUUAAAGAAACAAUAUUUACUUGGCUCGGCAAAUGUUAGUAAUAACAUACAAAAAUCUGGAUCAGCCUCGAUGUUGGACUCAAAAUUAAAAUCAUUUCAUAGCAAUAUUAGUGAACAUCAAAAAUUAUUAAAUCCAUCUCCCUCAAUUUCACCAACUAUGCAAACUGUUUUCAAUAACACACCACCAAAAAUACAGCAUACGCCAACCUUGUCACCGACUCACUUAAAAGAAGAACCUAAAACCGAUUCUACUUCGGAUAAAUAUAACAAGCUAUGUUGUUUAAACGUACAAAAAUCUGAUUCAGAAAAUGAUGGAGUUUCUGGUAAAUUUGGAUUAGCUCCAAGUGAUUCACCAAACGCAGGCUUAUCGCAUCAAUCAAAUCCUGUAUCAUCCCAUACGGAUGAUACUGUUCAAACAAUUAAAGCCGUUGAAUCCGAUAAUAAAAAUAAUGAUAUACAAGAAACAUCGAUCAUUGUCCCCGAUUUACCACGUUAUAAUAAUAAUCGUGAAUUAACAACGCAAACAUCUUCUUCUUUCGAUGAUGUGGAUACCGAUUCUCUAUCUUCGUUUGAUGAAAAUCAUUCGAUGGAGAAACAAUACCAUGAAUUGAGCCAUAGCUCGUCAACUACAAAUAAUUUAACGGUUCCUAAGUUACAAAUAAAUGAUGGAAGUGAAGAACCUGAGGAUAUGGCUAUGGACAGUCUACUUGUAAUUCAAGAACCAGAGAAGGAAGCAAAUAAAAUUCCUUCAAAGAAUAUCGACAUGAAUUAUACAGUUUCAUGGAAACCUUUAGAAGGGCCAGAAAAUCAUAGGCGUGGUAGUUUAAAAAGUGAACCAAAAGUGUUAAAUCAACCGAAAUUAUUAGAUCAAAGUCCAGUGAAAUUAUUAGACAUACAUAAUUUAGCCGAAUUAUCAGUACGAAAAUCUUCUAGCGAUAUAAGUCUUUCAAGUACUGAUUCGAAUCGUGAUAUAACCGGAGCGGCACUCACUGAAACGGAAUUGUCUGAUUGGGCAAGAGAUGAAAAUGUUUCAGAUGAUUUAGAUGAUAUGAAAAUGGAUGCAGAUUUUGAUACAAAUCGAAAAAAAUUAAAAGAACCAAAAUUUAAGAAUAAAUUAUUAAUAGCAUCAGCGAAAAAUCCAAAUUUAGAUGAUUUAAAUAUCGGACAUGUUUGUGGUCGAGAUUCGAAAAUAGAUUUUAAUACAAUUCCAACUCAUUUAGCUGAUUUGGAUAGUAUUGAAUUUAUGGAUACCGUUUCGGAGGAUAAUAAUGUUUUUGAUAAUGUAACAUCUGCCACAAAUAUGGCCAUGCUUCGAAAUCAAGGUUAUGUCCAAUUCGUGAAUGUAGAUACACAUAAUUUACAAUUAACGUCAGGUAAUAGUUAUUUAAAAUCUAAUAACAAUGAGGAUAUUAAUCUAACAUCUUCGGCUCGUAAACAGUUAUUUACGAAACCAGAGAAAAAUAAUUCUUUGCAUAGGAAAAUUGAUAAGGAUGGUGGGGAUGAUAUUUUAAGUAAUCGUUCUAAUAAAAAUAGUUUAAAAAUGAAUGAAGAAUGUAAUAUUAAUGCCAAAGACAGUAAAAUAAAGACUGAGGAGAAUGUAGAAAAUAGUAAAGAAUAUUUAGAACAUGUAACAAGACUGCAAAAUAAGAUUACUGAAUUUGGUAAUGUGCGAGAUUCAAUCGAUGUGCGAAAAUCAAAAGGUAAAAGUAAGUCGUCGUUAUCGUCAUCACCGUCAUCUAAAUCAGACAAUUCACCAAAACAUAAAGAAACAACACCACCUCCACCCAGCCCCAAACAACAAUUACAUUUAAGCACAUCAGAAAAAUUAAAAGAAAUUACCAAAGAACGAGCAAAACAAAAGGAUUUAAUCCAUGAAAUGGUUAUGAACAAACUAAAAGCCGAAAAAAAGUUACAAUCAAAUCGAAAAAAAAGUAUUCAGGAUUCUAAUAGUGCCGAUAAAAAAGUAAUCAAAAAGGAUUUACCUCAGUUAUCAACUUACACUCUACAAAAAUCCACCACGGAUACCGAAUUAUUCAGGAAUUCACCAACAAGGUCGAAUAAAAAUAAAUCACCAGCGCCUUCUGGGGGUGGUUUAACAAAAAGUAGGGAAGAUCUUAGUAGUCAUAAUACAAUCAUGAGAAAAAGUACGUCAGAACAUACAGAUAUGUUAAAUCCUAGACAAUUUGAGAAACCACAAAGACAUAGUGUUGUGUUUGAAACCGACGUAAUUGAAAGUAAUCCUCCAACAUUUCAUAGAUCUUCAUCAAUUAACGAACAUUUAAUGUUUACGAUAAAAAAUAUUUCAACGAACGAUUCAUCUUCGUCGCCAUUGUUUUCAUCGGAAGUAGUACCAUCUUCAUCAUCGUCGAAAAAACCAAAUCGAACGAAAUCAUUUAGUGAAAUAUCUAGAGAAGCACGUAUUGGUAUACAAAAAUCAGUUUCGGGACAUGGUUUAAGUGACUUAGUGCGUCGUAAUCGUGAUAGAAAUUCGGCAUAUUUUAAAUCCGAACCGUGUUUGGCGGAAAAAAAUAAUGAAAGAAAACCGGCGGGUGAAAAACGAAAAAGUAUUAUUCAAGCAGUUAGUAAUUUUUUCCAUAAACGUAAAGAGGUGGAACCAAUUGGAAAGUCAUCACGGUCAAAUUCAAGUCCUGGUGAUAGUUCGUCUAAAGAACGAUUUUCUCUGUUUCGUAUAUCACCAAAAUCUAGAGAUAAAUCAAAGAAACCAUUGUCCUUUCGUAAAGAAAGUCCAACGAAAAUGAGUAGAAAAUCAUAUUCACCAAGAAGCCGCAGUUCUUCUAUAGAAAAAGACGCACCACCAGUUCCGCCACUUCCACCAUUAGAAUACGUUUUAAAUUCUUCACAUCGAACUGGAGAUGAAAGUCUUUCCGAAACGGAUUUUCAAAGGGAACGUGCUUGGAGUUCAGAUGCUUUAGAUUUUUCUGAAACAGGAAGACUCUCAGUAGACGAUUUAGAUCAACGAAAACAUAUGCGAAUGUCGCAACAAAAACGUUUACGGAUUGCCCAAGAAAUUCAACGAAAAUUAGAAGAAACUGAGGUGAAAACACGUGAUUUAGAAUCACGUGGUGUUGAAUUGGAAAAAAUUCUUCGAGGUGAAGAUUCUUCGGCGGUAGAGAAAAAAGUUGAUGAAAGUGCUUUAUUAGCUGAAUGGUUAACAUUAAUGCGUGAACUUGCCGCAUUAAGACGUUAUGAAAGGGAAUUAUUAGCAAGAGCUGAAGAUCUUCGACUUGAAGAAAGACAUUCAUUACUUCAAACAAAAUUACGUUCUUCCUCAGGGUCAUCAAAAGGUCCUACCGAACAAGUUUCCGAUAGUGCAAUAAUGGAUCAGUUACUUGAUAUUAACGAAAAACGUGAAUCACUUGCAUUAAUUCUAGAAAGAAAUCAUCAAAGGUAUGUUAAAGAAGAUAGUGAUUUGGAGGCUUUAAUGUUAGCAAAAGGGUUACAGUUAACGUCCUUUAAAAAAUCGCCCAGUAAAUAAUGAAUAUUUAAUGAAAAAUAAAAAUUUAAAAUAAAUAAACAUAUAUAGUUUGCUCUGUGAUAUAACGAUGGCAGCAUGAUGAAUCUGAUUCAUUUUUUUAUUUAAAAAAUCAGCGUCAUAUGUCCUUCAUAAAUAGUAAAAAAGCCGAAAAUAAUAAUAUCCCCUCUUUUAGCGUCAGGGGUUUAAUAAAAAUUAUUUAUAAAGAGGCAAGUACGAUAGAUAUUUGUGUAUAGAGGUAAUGCGAUCUUAAAUUGGGAGCGUACUCCAUUCGGGGAAUGGAAUACGUGUUUCUCAGUUUAAAGUCUACGAACUGAUAUAAUAUGUAAUAAAAAAAAAGGUCUAAUAUGUGUGGAUGGGAGUGUGAAGAGAGGAAGAGAUGGGAAAUUAAGUCGUGUGAAUAUUCACAAUGUAUUUUAAUUAAUUAUUUUUUCCGUUAAAUUCCAAUCGGCGUAAUAAUGAACUCGGAAGAAGUAGAUGAGAUGAAUUGAUGUAUCAUUCUGGCCUAAAAAUCUGAAGUAGAACAUUUAUCAUUUAUCAAAUAAAUCAUCAGCGGUAAUCUGAUCUAGCUUUGUAAUACAAAUUUUUUUCUUUCAUAUUUUUAUUUAUAGAGUGCGCAUUUCUACGUACAUCCUUAAAAAUAUAGCCGUACUUAAAAUGUACAUCAAGUCAGGCAAGGAAUAAAAUCUUGUUUUUAUACAAUCUUGCGUCAGAAUACCAUUGAUAUGUAGAUACACGCACCAAUUUUUGUUUUUGGGGCCCAUAAAUAGGAUUUUUCUUAAUUAAAAAAAAAAAUCUUUCUACAAGUUAGAGAGCGUUGGAGUAUUAUGCUAGCAUAAUUUCGUUAAAACGGUGGCUAACGGUAGUUAUGUUAACUUUCAGAAGCAUUUUUACGAUGUAAGUCGAAAUUAGUAAUGUCUAUAAUAAAAAUCCACCAAACUGUUCAAGUUUUAGGAUGCACCAAAAUUAUUUAACAAAAUGACAUUUAACAGACGCCAUAUUUACCUAUUUUUGAUAUCACUUAGACUGUCAGAACGAAUUCACAAUCCAUAGUUCCUUUUCCAGUGUCGCUAUUGAUAAACAAAAAGGAAGUAAGUGCAUUCUUUCUCAUAGUUAUUAAACGCUGAAGGAUUUGAAGGCAACAGGGAUUUCUCUAAAAGUAAAGCUUCGAAAUUAAUUAAAAUGUAGCAAAUUAUUCAUCUUAAUAUCUAAUGUUGGUUUAGAGUUUAUUGCAGAUCCUUGAUGAUAUGAAUCGUCUUAAUAUUACAUAUUUUAGAAUGAUUUAUAUCUUCAAGAAUCUGCAAGUAGCUGUAAAGCGAACCUAAUAUCCGAGCUCAAAAAAAUAUAAUUCAAAAAUUAAAAAAAAAAAAAAGUAUCAAUCAUGUUUAUGUCGAUUGUAGGUGAACAAUUUUACAAUUGCUUGUACAAUUUUAUACUUUUAUAU